CUUGAAACAAUUAAAAAAAAUUGCAUGCAAAAAAACAUAUAAAUAGGGUGUGCGUUUGAGAGAGACAUUCAGACACACUGAGCAGACUGGUAGAAUGGCUCUGACGGCGAUUACUCUUCUGUGCUUUGCAGCUUUGCUGCCUUUCCCAGGGCUGGGAGGAGAACUGGACCUGGUGUUGGUUAAGGUGAAUGUCACUAAUAAAUUCACUAACAAUUUCGUCUCCUACUCCACCAAUGUGACUGAGGGAAUGCCAAUGUUUGGGGUCUUAAAUAAACUACAGGACACACAAAGCUUCAGAUUCACAUACAGCAUUAAUAAAAGCUAUGGCAUAUUUCUGGAAAGUGUGAAUGGACUGGCUGGGUCUACUGCAAACAAAACGUACUGGGAGCUUCUGUCUAAGAAAGGAAAAACUAUCACUCGGCUGAGCGUGGGAAUUGGCUGCUACCAACCCAAGAAAAAUGAGAUUUUCAUUAUGAAUUAUACCACUUGGGGCUAAAAAUAGAUCAGUUGUAUCUUGUGGUUUCAAAUGAGACCACUCUGAUUCUAUAUCAAUCCCACAUCUUCUAUCAAUCAUCAAGUAAAAGAAUAAUCUAAUAAUUUCAUUGUAUCUACAGUAUAAUACUCUAAUAAAAUCACUGAGCACUGCUGGAA